AAAUAUUCCUCAGAAGUUUGCUUAGUGCAGUGUGUUUGUGUGUCUGUGUGUGUGUAAAUGUAAGUGUGGGAGAAAAAGCGGCAUGAGCGUGUGAACUUAUUUAUGAGAAACCCUCUUAAUUAAAAAUUUUGCACUAAAUAAUAUUUAAGGCAGCUUUGCUAAAACCACAGGAAAACAGCCCACUCCUGGAGAAACCAAGACUGUCACCAUGGUUGCCACAAGCACAUUAAAGACCAAAAGCGGCGAAUGUAUUUCGGAUUUGGUUGACCGAAGAUAUGACCAGGCUUGCAUUGAGAAAGAACUGGAUUUCUGGGAUCACUGCUUAGCUGAGCCCCAGAGGAAUGCAGAUGUCACUGAGGACAGAACCUGUCAACAGCUGGCCAAGAUGUUUGAAAACUGCCUGUCACGAGCCAAGAAGACCACGCUGCACUGCUCCUCUGUGCUGGUACCAGAGAAGUUAACGCGGAGAAUAGCUCGCGAAGUCCUGAGGCUGGCAUCCUGCGAGCCCUGCGGCCUGCGAGGCUGUGUCCUCUAUGUCCACCUAGAGCUGGACAAGGGCUGCAAGCGGCUGGAGCGCAUCGUCUAUGAUGCCACCGUGGUGCCCACCUUUGAGUUGACUCUUGUGUUCAAGCAGGAUGGCACCGCCUGGCCCAGCCUACGGGACUUCUUCUUUAUGGGAACCUGCUUUGCCCCAGCUUUCAGGCACGUACUUAAACUGAGUCCAGGUUUCCGGCUCGUCAAGAAAAAACUGUACUCCUCCUCGGCUGGUACCGUGGUAGAGGAGUGCUGAACUAUGGGAGGGAUUAGAGUGGGAUAUUGGGUUUCCUGUGGGUAAACGCACUUCUGCCCAAAUGUAAAUGACACUCCUAGUGGUGUCAUAUUUUCUACAGUGUUUUUGUACAAUACAGUUUGUCAGUUCAACUAUUAGUAGCCAGUUCAGUUUGGAACUUGGGGUUUAAAGUUAAAAGCUUGUGCAUAAAUGAGCCUGAUAGUUCUGGGUUUGGCUUCAGUGUUUCUAAAAGUUCAUUUUUAUUAGUGAAUGGAUGUGAUUUUUUUUUUUUUUUUUUUUUUUUUUUUUUUUUUUUUUUUCUUCUCUCUCCCUAAUAGCGUUUGUUACUCACACAAUUUUAAAUUGUACAUUUUUUCAGAUGAAUGUAAAAAUGCUGAUGUUCACAUCAACAUGUUUGAGAGGGACAUACUGUGGGUAUACUUUUGUUAAAGACACUAGCCACUUUGUUGAUGCAUCUGCGUGUUUCCAGAUACAUUGAAUGUGUUCUGCAACAGUAAACACACCUAGGCUUGAAUAGGAGACUGAAAUUUAGUCUAUGGGGGCCAUAUGUAGCUAGUUGUAGAAUGCUGUAUUUAGGGCUACAGAUGUUUUUAAGACUGAAUGUCUUGUGAAGAUGCUGCUGUCUUGGUGUGGACUUCUCACACUAAGGGAAUGUGGAUGCCUUAAAUGUCAUAGAAAUUUACUUUAUUUUCACUCGGAUCACAGCUAUGCGUACGUUAAGUGUAAAUGUUUUAUUGCAUUUUUAUUUUUAUACCCUCUCCCCCAGACACACCUUUUCAAUGCCGAACCUUUAUUCACAUUAAAAUGAUGGUUCACCAAAAUCUAAAAGCUUGUUUUUUUUGUGAUUUGUUGAUUGCAAUGUGCAAAGAAAUUACUGAAUGUCUGGCUAGAAAUUUGUGUCUUUUUUUUUUUUUUUUUCUUUUUUUUUUUUUUUUUUGCCAUUUGAACUUCUUGUUAACAGAACCUAGGUCUUGUCUAUUAGGCAAUAAAAAUGUAAAUCUUA